AUGGAGGUCACAAGCAGACCACUCCCAUCACUACUACCUCAGUCCGCCCCCAUGGCUAUGGCAUCGAAACCAGCAAAUGCUGCUCCGUGGUCAUUUCCGAACCUCAAGAAGAGGCGCCGUCGUCGAGCAAGCCAAAUCUUCAACAUGAACUUCAGCUUUGGCUUUGGGUCUCGACGAAAGAGUCAAGACCACUCGCCUGACAUCAGUCCGCGAACAUCCAUAUCAUCGGCAUCAGGCUCCCCGAGAUCAGAGGUAGAGCAAAGCUCCAAGAGACAGAGAAUCGAUUCGAGGGUAUCCGAUGCAGAGGCGGUAUUCUCACCCAACAAGAGCAUCAAGAUUUCGGGACCCGAGAACACGCCAAUAGUCCUGUCGCGAUGUGACAGCACGGGUGAAGUGCACCCAGGCCGACUCGUCGACUUCACCAGCAAACCCAUUCCCAUCGCGCCAGAGCCGAUUGUGAUUCCUGCUCCUGUACGCAGAAGCCCGGCAAGCGAGUUCGAGCUUCGCUUAAGCAGCGACGCAUAUCACGAUCACCUGGCCACCUCUCAACGACGGAAAUCCUUCCCUACUGGCGAAUGGGCACCAAAACGGGUCCGUGAUGAGGUUCAGAUGCUGCAUAAGCUAGAGAAGCUCGAGAAGCCCGACACCAAAGUCGAGGAUCCUUUCAAGAGAUUCAGGGAAUCUGCAAGGAAGAGGAUAUGCACAGUGGAACGGAAGACCAAGGCUUCGGCAACCACCUCUUCCACCACCACGGCGCCAACACCAAGUAUGGCUAAUGCAUCAAUUGUGCCAUGCGAACUCCGCCGCACACCAAGCGAUCCAAGCACUGAGGCUUUCCUUACACACGUCCGUGCAAGUCUCGAAGCGAGGAAGAGGGAGAACAAGACGGGAGAACGCUGGCGUUCAUAUCCCGUGUUUGCCGACGAAGUCGAGAAGGGUUUUCUCGAUGACGCACCGCUAUGA